UCAGUGUGGGAGAGACUCUGACUCACUGACUUUCAUUGCUAAAGGACUUGAAAAAUGAUUCGUUUGAUUUGAUCGAAGAUUCUGCAAGAUGAUGUCAUAUUUUUGAAACUCCUCACCCAGGAUGGGAGGAUUGUUGAUAACAAAGGGAGCUGUAUGCAUUUGUGACGGCUUUGGCUGCCCGAAGCAUUGGUGUCUCGACUGAGGCAGAGCAGACGACAUUUUGAAUUGGAAACAUGGCACUGUGCCCCUGCACUGUGAUGAACUCUGACACCAAGCUGGAUGGAUGUCACUCUUCAGCGUCAGGCUUGAGGGUACACCUGUACUGGUCAAGCGAAGGCCCACAGGACCUUGUUUUUACCGAGGGGGAGAUGGUUGCAGAAGACAUCUGUAUUCUGGCUGCACAGAAAUGCUCCAUUUCCCCACUGUGCCACAACUUGUAUGCACUUUGUGACUUAAAAGAGAAUCUUUGGUAUCCUCCGAAUCAUAUCUUCAAGAUUGACAAGGACCUGUGUUUGACUCUGCACUAUCGUAUGAGGUUUUACUUUAAGAACUGGCAUGGCAUGUCGGAAAAGGAACCUCGGGUAUACCGAUGGACACCGAAAAGGAAUGACUAUGAGAAAUUCGACCAAGGCAGCCCUCUGUUUGACCACAUGUCACUGAAUUACAUCUUCUCACAGGGUAAAUAUGAUUUUGUUAAUGGCAUCGCUCCUCUCAAAGAGCCACAGAAUGAGCAGGAAUUACAUGUCUUCCAAAAUGAGAGUCUGGGAAUGGCUGUGCUGCAUCUUUCGUAUAUUGCGGUCCUGAGUGGACGCUCACUUAGUGAAGUGGCCAAGGAAAUAAGCUUUAAGGGAUGCAUCCCAAAGACCUUCCGUGCAAAAAUAGACAGGUGCAAUGCCCUGACCAAGAUCCGGCUGAAACGUGGCUUCCGAAAGUUUGUGAGGAGCUUCCACUUGCCUGUGGUUGGUUCAGGAAAGGUGAUCCAGCACGACAUUAUAUUCAAAUACCUGUCUACCCUGGAGAACCUUUGCACCAAUUUAGGAGGCGAGAUCUUCCGUGUCUCGUAUUUGGAAGUGCUUCCAGAAAGUAGCAGAACCCCAUACAUAAACAAUCGGAAUUACCUGCAGACCACAGAGAAUAUCAUCUGCCCCACAUUACCUACCCAGGAAUAUGAAGUGCUGGUGACUGGGACAGAGGGAAUUCAGUGGAGAAUACUCAAGAAGCCUGCGCCCCUCAAAAAGGCCGGCUGGAAGGGCAAACCGGCAGACAGUGGCAGUGGCAAGUCGGGUGAAGCAGUUGAGUUCACUGAGAAGCCAUAUUCGCACUUCUGUGAUUUCAAGGAGAUUACACACUUGGUCAUCUCUGACUGCAGGGUCAGUGUUCACAGACAGGAUAACAAGUGCCUGGACCUUGUAUUGCCCUCACACAAGCAAGCACUGUCCUUUGCAGCACUGAUAGAUGGCUACUCUCGCCUGACCACUGAUUCUCACCACUACCUGUGCCAUGAGGUAGCUUCUCCACGUGUUGUGCUGAGCAUCACCAGUGGCAUCCAUGGACCAAUGCAACCACACUAUGUCACCAAUAAACUCCGUCGAGAGGAGAACAAAGAGGGGCUGUAUGUGCUGCGGUGGAGUGCUUUAGACUUCAAUAAGAUUAUCAUGACGGUUGUCAGUAAGGAAAAGCCUGAGUUUGAAUUAUUGAAAGGUUCUGGGAGUUUUCAGGACAUGAAGCAGUUUCAGAUUGAGAGGAAGGCCCCAAAUGCCUAUGUGCUGCAGGGAUGGGAGCGGUCAUUCCCCAGUGUGAAGGAGCUCCUCGAGAGCCUCAAGGGCUGCCUGCUGAAAUCAGGCAACGAGAGCUACAUGGUCAAAAAGUGUUGCCCGCCUCUUCCUCAUGAAUUUUCCAACCUCCUCAUCACGAAGAAUGUGAAGGACAGUGAUGUGCGACCACUCACAGCUCAGUUAAACCUGAGCCAGCUCAGCUUCCAUCAGAUUAGGAAGGAGGAAAUCAUUCAGGAGCACCAUCUGGGAAGGGGAACAAGGAUGAACAUCUACGCCGGGAGGUUCUGUGAGGGUGACGUUGAGGAGGAAGAGAUAGACUCCCCCUGUGAAGUGGGCCGCAGCGAAGCGCGAGAUCUCCGUGUGGUGUUGAAAGUACUCGAUCCUAGUCACCGAGACAUUGCAUUGGCAUUCUUCGAGCUGGCCAGUCUGAUGAGUCAGAUAUCUCAUGCUCACCUUGCCUUCGUGCAUGGAGUCUGUGUGCGGGGCUCAGAAAAUAUAAUCGUGGAAGAGUAUGUUGAGUUUGGACCAUUGGAUGUCUUGUUGCGAAAAGAGAGAGGAAAGCUGAGCCCAGAGUGGAGUCUGACUGUCAUUAAGCAACUUGCUAGUGCCCUGAGCUACUUGGAGGAUAAAAAUAUGGUGCAUGGGAACAUUUGUUGCAAGAACGUGCUUGUCGCGAGAAAGGGGCUGGAGGAGGGAAGCAGCCCUUUCAUCAAAGUCAGUGAUCCUGGCAUCAGUUUUACUGUGCUCACUCGAGAAGAACGUGUGGAGCGGAUUCCCUGGAUCGCUCCCGAGUGUGUCCAGAACGUGAACAAGUUAAGCCUGGGUGCUGACAAAUGGAGCUUUGGGACAACUGUUCUGGAAAUCUGCUGUCACGGAGAGGUCCCACUGAAGGAGCGAACGCUGUCUGAGAAAGAGAGAUUCUACGAGAUGAAAGGGAAACUUCCAGAACCAUCCUGUAAAGAGCUUGCUGACCUGAAUAGCCAAUGUCACAGCUACGAGCCAAACCAACGGCCAUCUUUCCGGACAAUUCUGCGGGAACUCACAAUGCUGCAACAGCAAAAUCCGGACAUUUCCUGUGAAAAUUCAGUGCCUACUGUUUCCGACCCCACUGUCUUCCUGAAACGCUACCUGAAGAAGGUCCGAGAUCUUGGAGAGGGUCAUUUUGGUAAGGUGGGUCUGUACAUUUAUGACCCAUUUAAUGAUGGCACGGGGGAAGUUGUAGCAGUGAAAUCGCUGAAGUCCGAGUGUGGGGAGGAGUUGCACACGAGCUGGACACGGGAGAUCGAGAUUCUGAAAACAUUGUACCAUGACAACAUCGUCAAAUACAAAGGCAGCAGCAGUGAGCAAGGAGGUCAGAUUGUACAGCUGAUCAUGGAGUAUCUGCCUCUUGGCAGUCUGCGAGAUUACCUUCCAAAACAUGCUGUCGGACUUGGACAGCUUCUCUUAUUCGCAAAACAGAUUUGUCAGGGCAUGUCCUAUCUCCAGUCGCAGCGGUAUGUGCACCGUGACCUGGCUGCCAGGAAUGUCCUGGUGGAAAAUGAGAAUGUUGUGAAGAUCGGGGACUUUGGGUUGGCCAAAGCCAUCCCUGAACACCAGGACUAUUACCGAGUGAAGGACGAUGGAGACAGCCCUGUGUUCUGGUAUGCUGUUGAUUGUCUUAAGGAAGGAAAAUUCAACUUUGCUUCUGAUGUUUGGUCGUUUGGAGUCACAUUAUAUGAACUUCUAACGUACUGUGAAACCCGCCAGAGCCCACCAGCAAAAUUCAUCGAGAUGAUUGGAGUGACACACGGACAGAUGACAGUAGUACGGCUGAUUGAACUGCUGGAGAGGGGGCAGCGUUUGCCUUGUCCGAAGUCUUGUCCCUUGGAGGUUUACCAGCUGAUGAACAAGUGUUGGGGAUCUGAUCCAGUUCGACGUCCCCCAUUUCAGGAGCUGAUUCCAGUCUUUCAGAAACUGUAUGAAAGAUACAAAAGGAUUGAAACUUCAAACAUUCUCCAGAAGUUAUAAACAGCAACUGCCCUGAUCAUCCUCUUUCUAUCCUAUUCCUUGUCUGACUUUGUAGAAUUAAUUGGCAGCAGCUGAUAACUGAAUAUUUAAUUUGAACCCUUCUCCAUCUUUCUGUGCUGUCCUGUCCUCCCUCCUUUACUGACCACCCUUUCUGUUUGUGUGCCUCUGUUGCUGUGCUGUCCUCUCUCACAGUGCUGUUGUUCUCCCCCCCCCCCCCCCCCCGCUAUGUCUCUGUGCUGUGUUCUCUCUCCCUGUGCUGCUCCCCUCAUGUGUCUCUGUACUGUUCUCUCUCCUUGUGCUAUCUUCUCCCUCCCUCACUCUCUGUGCUGUCCUCUCUCUCUCUCUGUGCUCUGCACUCUUUCUCACUGACCAUUCCCUCAAACUUCUGUUUUUGUGCUGUCCUCACCUCUCGCUGUACACCUGUCUCGUCCCAACCCCUCCCCCUCCAUCGCUCUUUCCUGAAGCUGUGGAUGUGUUGGACAGCUUCACAGUUAAUUGGCGGUUUGUGAAGCGAUGUCGCUGUGUGGAUUCGUACACAGCAAGCUGUCUCAAAUCCAAGAGAACCAUUUAGGUUUCUUGGCAGGGGAAUGAAUAUUGGGCUUGCAGAACUUUACAGCCUAAAUGAUCAAUGUGACUGAAAGCUUUGGUCUCUCGUCGGCAUUGUCAACGUGCUAUCAGGGGUUGGUCUCUCGUCGGUAUUGUCAACGUGCUGUCAGGGGUUGGUCUCUCGUCGGUAUUGUCAACGUGCUGUCAGGGGUUGGUCUCUCGUCGGUAUUGUCAACGUGCUGUCAGGGGUUGGUCUCUCGUCGGUAUUGUCAACGUGCUGUCAGGGGUUGGAGUGGAAGCAGCUGAAGGAUCUAACUGUGAAAAGGAUUGUUGAUGAAGGUUCAUGUUUUUAAUCCCUUCCCCCCCCCCCCCUCAGAACCCCUGCAGUUUGAAUUAGAUCUGAGAUGAAAAUUAAACGAUAUAGAUAUCAGCAUUCAUCCAACACUUUUCAUAUCUACCGUAAUGUAGUUACACAGAACGGCAGCAGCUGUUAAAGCCACUGAAUGGAAAUAUAUUUCAACUCUUCCCUGCAAUGGGUGCCUCAGUACUGAUGAGAUUCUGAUUUCUUGUUGAAACUCUGAAAUGUAGUUUGGUACAAUGAUGGCUCGAGUUAGAAUCACAUUGUCUUCAGAAUAAUAUCGAACAUUACAGCGCAGUACAGGCCCUUCAGCCCUCGAUGUUGCACUGACCUGUGGAACCAAUCUGAAGCCCAUCUAACCUACACAAUUCCAUUCCAUCCAUAUGCCUAUCCAACAACCAUUGAAAAGUGAAGACAAGAAACGAGGAUCCGGGAUCAGUGAGAAUCCUAUCCAGUAAUGCCAGGCUGGCUUGCUGUUGAAUAAUUUUUGCUUUGCAGCAUUUUGGGUCGUGUUACUAAGUGCCAGUAGACUUAUACAUUUUGCAUGUUUCUGAUUUAUUGAUUUCAUUGUGUGCUUUACUGCCAAGUCAGUUUUUGCCCUGCUUUAACUGAAAUCAGACAUUAGCUCAGCAGCCUUGGUCCUUGAUGGGACGUUUGGAGUUGGAUUACUGACUGAAGCCAGGGAGGCGGACUAAUACAUUCUCCCUGAACUGGUACCACACAGGAGGCAUCUUGUUAUCGUAUCAAACCAUAGCUGCCAGUAUUAUCAAAAGCACAGGACCAAUUGUAUGUGAGCUUCCAUAUCCAUCAAGUGGCUGAGGUGAGGGGAGAAGUUCUUGAGUCUGAUUUCACUAGGCAGUGACCCAUCAGCCCUCGUUUCCUCCAUGUCACGGUAAUUUGUACUAUUGACAGAUGUGGUCAUGUACAUACUGACCCACAGCAUCUUUUUCUGUUGGUAUUCAGACUUUUUAUGCCAUGUGCCAAUGAAAAUGGUGAUGCCCGUCCUGAAGUGACAGUCAGACAUGUCAAAUUGUGGAGUUAACACUCCAAGACCAACUCACCAGGAAAACUGCUCACAAGGUGGAACUAAGCUCAGGAAUAUUAUGGAAAUACAAUUGAAAUGAUCUUCAGGUGGAAUGGGAGAUGCGUGCCAAGUCCUUCUGCUCACCAUUACAGUGGUUAUCAGACUCGCUGACUCUUGACCUGACAGUUUUCCCAUUGGAUGGCUCAGUUGUUUAGUAAAUGGCCCUUGCUGAUGGAGGGGUGCAGGUCCCAAUCGUGUCGCUCUGAUUUUGGGUGUGUUGCUAGGUUUUUCAUACAAUUUGAAUGAACACUGACUCUGCCAGCCUUAGGGGUAAAUGUAUCACUUUUCAGCACAGCACACUCUAGGAGUGAGAUGUUGCUGCUUCCCCGGACUCUGUCUCUCGUUUGAUUCAGUGUUCAUUCUAAAGACCAAUGAGAAGAGGGUGUAAUUAACAGACUGGAGUAUGAUCCUCAUAGCUCAUUGUUUUACAAUAUUAACUGACAUAAGAAGGCAUCUCUAAACAAUUGAUUCAACAGCUUAUAUUUCCCUGUAUUAUCCAAACUGUAUUUUCUGCAUUGAGAUGCUAAGAAGCAAAUGCAAUGUGACUGCUCUUUGGAAUUGUUAGUCGAGCAGACAGUACGUUGGUAACUUUCCACCCUCAAGGAGCAAAGUGUGGGCGAGGUACCUCAAGGACUCACUCAUCAUCAUCAUGGAGAGUUUGCUGAGUUGAGGAGGAGUGAAUAACUGUGACUUAUCUCUUCAGAAGACGCUGUUCAGAUUGAGAGAGUUUCAGGUCUCUGGAAAGUUCUUUGCAUUACUAUGUUGCUGAACAGGUCAAUUCAGGCACAGCGGCCUGAACUAAAAAGGAUGGCAAUGUAUAUAAGUGGUUAGAACUGGACUCAAUGUAUAUUAAACACCAAACCAAAUUACCACAAAUCGCUUCUGGGACUUUUAAAAAUUGCUUUUCAUUUACCUGACCUGAUUGUGAAUGAUGGACAUCAUGUAUCGCAUAUUACAUUAUUUGCACUUGAAUACAUGGCCAAUUUAUUGUUGAAACAGUGUCAUUCUUCUGUUCAGUGAUGGAUGGAGCUCACUCUACUUUGGAAUACUCAUGUAUGUCUGUCUGUCUCUCUCUCUUUAGAUUUUCUCCUAUAGACUUGCACUUUUUAGGGAAGAUCAGGCAAGAAUGCCAGGGUCUUACCUUACCUUCCUUUCUUGAAAGCAUUUAUCUUAAAGUAUCGAUAACCAUUUGUUCUCCCAGGAAUGUGAUUGAAAAUGUUCUGUGAUGAUGCCAGUUAGCAUGUUUUGCUGGUGUCCAGAGUUCUCUAUUAACCUCAUUCUUUCUGUUUUACACUCACGUUUCAGCUCUUUUCCUGGACCAUUUAUUUAUUAAUAACUGAAUUACAUCGAACUUCAUUUAACAGUGGAUUACAUUAAAGUAGCACCAUUUUUGCUUUUCUAUCAGAAUAUUCAUAAUGCAGCUGGAAGUGUAAUUGUAAACUCUCUUCCCAUGGUGUUACAUUGACUGGAUCAGCACCUCUGGUCAUCUUGGGACAAACUUUAGAAAUCUCGUGUCCUUAUGUUGGAAUGUCUGUUCAUGAGCAUUACUCUUGACAACUUCAUAUCAACAUUAUGAUGUGUCAGGUCAGAACACGAUAGAAAAGCUUUUUCGUGAUGAAUGUGUUCCUAUCCAUCCUCAAAUUAGCAUGUUGCUAUUCUUCCCCCCCAAUCUCCACAAGUGCAUGGGUGUACUUGACUUUAUACUUCUGAAGAACAAAUGAAUUUUAUGACUUUAACCUGUGUUCUCAUCAUUUGGGAUUGAGUGCUGAAGGAGAAGUAAAUGGUUUUCAGUUUUGGUUCUGCAUCAGGGUUUUUUUAAUAUAAAAGGGAAAAAGUCAUUUUUGAGCACAGAUUUCAAAACAGUCUUUUCAAGAAAGCAAGCUACCAGAGAAGUUCACUGAAGCAAUGUUCACAACGCUGAAUAUUUUGUGAACAAAAAACACCUGGCCACGAGCCACAAUUGGGUAUCAUUGAGAAGAUUGUCACGUGAGAAAGCCAUUGUAGUCUUUGGCAGGCAGGCUCUCUUCUGUUGGAGCUGGGGAAGGCAGUCUCAAACUGUUUUAACCAUUCACAUAGACAGACUUUUCCUCAGCUUCAGCUAGGAAAGUCCAUAGGAAUAGGUGAUGUCUGUGAAUGUUGAGGAGAAACUGUCGUGGAGACAAUCCCCUUUAGCAGGAGGGACAGAAGUAAACCCAGCAAUAUACUUCACUGGGUUCAACUCCAUCAGUUGUGUGAGAAAUUACAAGACUUCAGCUGAGUGAUACUUCACUUGGGUUGAAUGUCUGGAAAGGAUAUUAAGGGAAAAAGAAAGAAAUUUUUGACUUAAGAUCUUUCCAAUUGGAAUUCUAUUGUGUAUAUAUAUAACUUUCUUUGUUUGGUGUAAUAAAUUUAUCUUCUUUUGUUAAAAAGUACAUUGACAGCCUCAUGAAUAUGUUCAGUGACUGACCAGCACGGAAACCAAGCUGCAAAAAUAAAACUUGGUCAUCAAGCUAGGUGUCUCCGGAAUCUGACUUAGUAAUAGAGCAUGGAAACAGACCCUUCAGUCCAUCCAAUCUAUGCUGAACAUAAUUCUAAAUCAAACUAGUUCCACCUGCCUGUGCUUGGCCCAUUUCUCUCCAGCUCUGUCUUGUUCACCUGCUUAUCAAUAUGUCUUUUAAACACUGUAACUGUACCUACAUCCAGCAUUUCCUCAUUCUACACACAAACCACUGUGUAUACAAAAAAAACUGCUCCUCAUGUCAUCUUUAAAUCUUUCUCCUCUCUCCUUCCAACCUAUGCCCCCUUGCUUUGAAAUCCCCACCCCCACCUGAGGGAAAAGACACCUGUUAUUCACCUUAUCCGCACCCUGCAUUAUUUUAUAUUUCUUCAUAAGGUCACCCUUUAACCUCGUAUGCUCCAGUGAAUGAAGUCCCAGCCUCUCAUAUAACACAAAUACUGCAUUCCUGGCAAUAUCCUGCUAAAGCUGUUCUGAACCAUCUCCAGUUUAAUAAUACCCUUCCUAUAACAGGGUGACCAGGAAUGGACAUAGGCCUCAUCAAUAUCCUGUACAACCUCAACAUAACAUCUCAAAUCCUAUAUUCAAAAGACUGAGCAAUAAAGGCCACCGUGUAAAUGUCUUCUCUAGUAUUACCUUCAACUGGAACCAAAACCAAGUGGGAGCUCUUUGGAUGAUAGAAAUCUGUUAAUUUAAGAGCAGUCUGUGACAUUGAAUAAAAUGAGUUACAUGGAGGCACUGGACAUAAAGAAACCGAAGAAGCUGUGAAGUAUAUGGGUUGGAAUUAUGAAAUGACUUAAACUGUUGCUCAGGCUUUUCUGGGUGGUUAAGGUGUAACAGUGGAUUAUUGUAAGUUUUUGACUAAGGCUACAGUAAGUUAGCGGACUAGUUGGGAAAAUAAAAGCAGCAUCUUCUAAGGUUUAGAUUAGACUUGGAAAGGAGAGAAGACUGAAACUGAUGUGUCAUUGCUUGAAUGUGCUAAAAUUCAAUUAGAACUGGGGAAAAAAGACUUAGGAAGAGGAAAUGAAAGCGCCUGACUAGGAAGCUAGAGAAAUGAAAAGCGAAAACGAGAGCACGAGGAGGGAUUUAAAAAGUUUGAACUGCAACAGGAUGGGGAUUUUGAUCAACAUGACCAUGGAUAAAGGAAGGAAUGGGGAGGGGCUCAGGAUGAUUCUGAUCCCAAUGAGGGAUCAGAUUCAAUAAGACACUUGUUUCGUAUUGAAAUUUAUAGGGUGCGGUUGAAAGGUAUUACAUCCCAUUUGAAAAGGUAGCUGGAAAAGUGCUGAACAUAUUUGCAUCUUCAUGUUUUGAUAGGUACAGCUAUAAAUCUGUAUAUCCGUUUUUUAGAGUUUCAUUCUCAAGAUAGCUUUUAACAAUAGGUAUCACCUCAGCUCAUAAUGCAUUGAAGGUGUAAUGCAUUUCACAUGUAAUUUUGUAAGUACAAAUUCACCCCACAAACUUGUGUGCGGGUGCAGGCAAGGUAGUGUGUGUGUGUGUGUAAUGGGGUAUAAGUCUAUGAGAGAGAUGUGUGCGUGAGGCACAUGCUUAUGUGAGAGAGAAUGUGUGUGUGUGUGUGUGUAGUGCAGUCCGGUCACCUGUAGUGUGACAUGAACCCAAGGUCCACGUUGAGGCCAUCCCGAUGGGUUCCUGGUGUGUGCGCACAAGUUUGUGGGGUGAAUUUGUACUUUCAGAAUUACAUUUUAUUUUGCUCAUAAAUCCAUCUAAGAUUCUGUAAAUCCCACUUUAGAAAUAGAAUUAGUCUUGACCUAACAUUGGGAAACUGACAGACUUUAACCUCACACCUUCAAUGCAUCAUCUGCUCUGAGAUGACAUCUAUUGAUUAGAUUAGAUUUCCCAUAAUCUGGAAAGUCCACACUGACCCUCAGAAGAGUAACCCACCCAGAUCCAUUUCCCUCUGAUUAAUGCAUCUAACACCACGGGCAAUUUAGCAUGGUCAACUCAGCUGACCUGCACAUCUUUGGACUGUGGGAGGAAACCAGAGCACCCAGAGGAAACCCACGCAGAGUUGGGGAGAACUUGCAAACUCCACACAGACAGUCACCCGAGGCCAGAAUUGAAUCUGGGACCCUGGUGCUGUGAGGCAGCAGUGCUCGCCAUUGAACCACCGUACCACCCGGUAUUGUUAAAAACUAUCUUGAGAAUGUAACUUUUAAAAAAGUUCUGGGAUUUAUAUAUGAAGGAACCGAAACUAACAAAAUCAUUCUAAAAGACGAAAGACUUGAGCUAAUGUGUUUAAUGUUAUAUUCCAUGAUACUACAAUCCUGUUGCUAUAAAUUCUAUGUCUUGUGAUUCAGCUCAGCAAUCACCUGAUUA